AUGCUAGAGCUGGUGCUUAAAGUCAGAAUUCAGAACCCCAAAGAAAAUGACUUCAUUGAAAUUGAACUUAACGGACAAGAGCUGAGUUAUCAAAACCUCCUAAAAGUGAGUUGCUGUGAACUGGGGAUUAACCCAGAGCAAGUGGAGAAGAUCAGAAAGCUACCGAACACAUUGCUCAGAAAGGACAAAGACAUUCGAAGGCUACAGAACUUUCAGGAAGUGGAACUCAUUUUACUGAAAACUGGAAGCACUGAAUUAAUAGAAUACACACCAUCUCUGAUAGAGAAGCCCUGCUACAAUAGCAAUGCCGCAAAAAUGACUUAUUAA